GAAAAUAACAGGGAGAUGUAGAGAUAGCGAUGGGGAUAAGCUAGGACGAUGACCAGAAAGACUUACCGGACAUUUCGUCGUCGACUUCCGACAGUUAGUCACCACCACACAUACCACCUCCCCUUUUCCAAUAAUUUAAGACCUGAAACCCAAAAGAGGCCACCGUAUUAUAAACUCUAAACAUAGUCAUUCACUCACAACAAAAUCUUCUUCUUCUUCGUUAUUUCUGAUGCUUCCUCCUUAUUUUUAAGAAAAAGUCAAAUUUAUCCCAUUCUUAUUUUUAUAUAUUCCUCCUCAAAUAUCUCUUCGUCUCUCUUUCUGUUCCUGUAGCUCCCUGAGACCAACCUGGAAUAAUCUCAGAGAAGCUCAAAAAAAAAAACCUUUCCCAUAUUUUUCUUCUUUCUUUCCUUUAUACUAAAUCUUCUAGCUUGGUUUGGAUUUCAAAUUUGAUUGAAUCGGUCUACAAAUCGUUCAAGAUGGAUUCCGAGUUCUGGACCUCCCGCCUCGCCGCCGCGAAACGUCAGUACACGCUGCAGCACCAUCACCAGAGCUCCCACUUGGAUCGGCUGAGCAUGGAUGAUUUCGAGGUGGAAGACGAGGUCCGACCGGAAUUCCCGUGUCCGUAUUGCUACGAGGACUUCGACAUCGCGUCGUUGUGUUCGCACCUGGAGGAUGAGCACCCGUGCGAAUCUAGAGUCACCGUUUGUCCGAUUUGCUCAAUUAAAGUUACACGGGACAUGUUAAGUCAUAUUACACUGCAACAUGGGCACUUGUUCAAGUUGCAGAGACGUCGCAGGUUACGUAGGGUUGCUGUUCCUAAUAGUCAGGCACUGUCUCUCCUUGGCCGGGAUCUUCGUGAGGCUCAUCUCCAGGUGCUUUUAGGGAGUGGGGGAUAUCGAUCAGAGAAUGCUAAUGUCACUAAUGCAGCUACUGAUCCAUUCCUGUCAUCACUUAUUUUGAAUUUCCCUGCAUCAGGAGCAGAUGAAAUUUCAAAAUCUGUGGUAACAACUGCUGAGGACACUCCUGCAAAGAAGGUGGCGCCAUCACAUAUUUGGAAAUCAAGUAUGGUAGACAGCAUAUCGACCUUGGCUCUAUAGACUGGAGUAGACACUGCCAAACUUUUGUAGGUGAGGAGUUCAAACAUCUUCAAGGUACAAGUGCUAAUCCCCAAGGUGGUGCCUAGUCAAUGCUUGAACUGAGAUUUUGUGUAAAAUAAGGAAUUCUCCUUUAAAUGCCAAAAACAAAUAAUCUUGUCUGAGUUUUUUCCUACAUUUCUUCACAUGCCUAGCUUGUAAAGGAUCCAUAAAUUGUGUAUACACAUCAAGAUGCAAUAUGAGUAAUAGCUCAGUAAUUAGUUUUGUCUCAAGACUUGAUGGUGGAGAGGCUUUUGCCCCUCUUCCAGGCUUAAUGUAUGCUCAAGCGCCUAUUAAGCUGUUCUUUGGACUAAAUCGUUAGCUCUUUCUCUGUUUUUUGUCUCUUUCUCUCUCUCUCUCUCC